UCCGCUUGGUUGUGACAGUGGACGUGGCCUGCGUCGGCCGUGGAGUACUAAUAUUGACGCUUGUUUAUCUCUGUGUUUAUUUGGCAGAUUCUCAGCCUGGCCUAUGAGAUGAUGGGACUGGGAAACGGGCGUCGGACCAUGAAGUCGCCGCCCUUUGUGCUGGCUGCGCUGGUGGCCUGUAUCAUCGUCCUGGGCUUCAACUACUGGAUUGCAAGCUCCCGGAGCGUGGAUCUCCAGACGCGGAUCAUGGAGCUGGAAGGCAGGGUCCGCAGGGCGGCCGCCGAGAGAGGCGCGGUGGAGCUGAAGAAGAACGAGUUCCAGGGGGAGCUGGAGAAGCAGCGGGAGCAGCUGGACAAAAUCCAGUCCAGCCACAACUUCCAGAUGGAGAGCGUCAACAGGUUACACCAGGAUGAAAAGGCGGUUUUGGUGAAUAAUAUCACCACAGGCGAGAGGCUCAUCAGAACCCUGCAAGACCAGUUAAAGGCCCUGCAGAAGAAUUACGGCAAGCUGCAGCAGGAUGUCCUCCAGUUUCAGAAGAACCAGACCAACCUGGAGAGGAAGUUCUCCUACGACCUGAGCCAGUGCAUCAAUCAGAUGAAAGAGGUGAAGGAGCAGUGUGAGGAGCAGAUAGAAGAAGUCACCAAAAAGGGGAAUGAAGCUGUGGCUUCCAGAGACCUGAGUGAACACAAGACACCAAGCCAGCAGCUCCGAGCUCCCAGCGAGCCUCAGCCAAGGCUGCAGGACACAGGCCUGCCCCCGGCAGAGGUGCCACAAACGAAAGGGAAUGUGCCUGGUAAUGGUGAGCCCCAGACGCCAGUCCCCAGUUCUGAGGCGGCUUUGGAUUUGAGGAGAGAGGGUGAGAAAGAGGAAACCAAUGACAUUCAGGUCAUCAGCGAGGAGGCGCUUCGGAGGGACAGCCAGGCGCUGCCACAGGAGCCAGACCGCGAGCAGGCUGUGGAAGCAGACAGACGUGCGGGCGGAAGAGGCACGGGAGAUGCUAGAGACCCCGGCCAAACCCCACAGGUGCCAGCCACCCUGCUGAUGAGCCAGGAAAAUCAGGAGGUGGAGGAGCCUGAGCGGGACCAGCUUGUGGUCCGGGAUGGGCAGGAGGAGGAGCAGGAUGCUGACGAGGAAGGGAGAAACGAGCAAAAAGUGGGAGGAGAUGAUGACUACAACAUGGAUGAAAACGAGGCAGAAUCUGAAACAGACAAGCAGGCAGCCCUUGCAGGGAAUGACAGGAACGUGAAUGUUCUUAAUGCAGAAAAUCAGAAAAGAGACGAUAAGUUUACUUGAUCAGCAUGAAAAGAGGAAACCCACAAUCAAACUGGAAUCACUUCAUUUCAUGUCAGGACUGAACAGCGAUAACUACAAAAUAUUCACAAGGGAUUGAAUACUGUGAAGUUUACUAAGUAACAUAUAGACCUAAAGAUGAUUAUUGUGGAAUUUUAGUAUUUCACUGGGGGUUACUUUUGAAGCAUCUAUAUUAAAGAUGUUAACAUGUGUUGGCUAA